AGACCCCAUCUUAGGCUGGGCUCAGCAACGACUUCUGCUUUCUUCGUCAAACUGCUCCAAUGCUCAUCCCUUGGUGACAAGAGAGGUGCAGCUGAGUGGGAAAAAAAUCACCUUGUUAUGAUUUAACCUUUUGAAAUGGAUCCCAAACAUUUCAUCAUAAUGCUCUUGUGUGGGUUCUUAACAAACCCAACUCUGACAGAGGCACAAACUUAUUCAUCAGCAGUUUCACCUCAGACUACUUUUAAAUCAUCAACAUCAGAUAUAUCAGCUAAUUCUGGAAACGGAACAGAGAUCCCAUUCAGUCAACCAUUAAAACUGAUCAACACUUCUUCAGGACAACCACCAACUUCAUCUGUUCCUGGGUCUACUGGGUCACUAGCAGCACCAACUGUUCCCACUUCCUCUGGACAAUCAUCUUUAUCAUCCAUCCCCAAGUCUUCGGAUCAAACAUCAGUGCCAUCUGUCCCCAAGUCCUCCAACCCACAAGUAGCAUCACUUGUACUCAAUUCCACCAGCCAGCCACCAGAAUCACGCAGACUUGACUCCUCCAGUCAGUCACCAGAAUCAGCUGCCCCCAAUUCCACUAGCCAUUCAUCUGUCCCCAACCUACCACCAGAUACACCAGUCCACAGCUCCUCCCAGGAACCACCAGCAACAUCGGUCCACAGCUCCUCCCAGGAACCACCAGCAUCACCUAGCCCCAGCUCUCCCAGGCAACCACCGGCAACACCGGUGCAGAGUUCCUCCAGGAAACCACCAGCAACAUCUAGCCCCAGCUCCCCCAGGCAACCACCAGCAACAUCGGUCCCCAGCUCCUCCAAGAAACCACCAGCAUCAUCUAGCCCCAGUUCCCCCAGGGAUUCAGCAUCAACAGUUGUUACUCCAGGAUUCCACCAAGAAAAUAGCAAUCCCACCCCAACAAAAUUUCAAAGCUCUACCGCCAAUUCCGUGGCUGCUGUGCUAAUUGGCACAAUUCUGAGUUUUAUGAUAGGUGCUAUAGUUAUAAUUCUGCUCUGGAAAUGCUUUAGAAAACCAAUCCUCAAUGACCAAAACUGGGCUGGCCGGUCUCCCUUUGCUGAUGGUGAGACUCCUGAUAUGUGUAUGGACUACAGUAGAGAAAAUGGAAAAUCCAUAAAACGUUCAUCUAUCGUUUCACUUGAGAUCUGGAAACCAAACAAAAACAUGCUGUUAGCAGAUGAUUUAGAUGUGAAAUUGUUUGACUCAAGUGAAAAUUUUGAUGAAUGUCCUAAGCCUGACUUAGAGAAAGUGAAAAACCAACCAAAUGGGACAUCAGAGGAGAGCGCCGAUAGAUCGACAGUGGGCACUGCUAUUUCUUCAGAGGACUUGGAAUCGACUGCAGUUCCUCCCCUUCUGGACUUAGAUGGGCCAGAAAAUCAGAAGCCUGACUCGGCUAACUUACUUGACACUGAUUUCUCUCAUCUCCCACCCCCUGUGGACUCAUUCCCUCCUCUCCCCGACUCUUCCCUACUGCCCCCUCCUCCAGAAGUUCUCCUCCAAGACCAGGAGAAGGACAACGCAGAGGUCCACGACUCAGUUUCACCCACUUUAGAGACCCAAUUUCCUAAUCCUUCUGACUCUAGUCAACAAGCCUUAGAUGAAUCGCUGCUGCUGCCACCACCACCUGAGGAAUUACUGUAAAUGAUCACAGCUUGCUGAUGUGAAGACUUCUUAAAAAGACUAGCUUUAUUUUUUUCUUUUGAAUGAACUGCCAUCCAACUUAGAUUUCCAUUCAAUCUGCUUAAAAUGCUCUUAAAUUCAUGUAAAUAUUAAAAAGUGCUUCCCCUACAGCAGAAAUUUUUUUUUCUGAUACUUGACUACUUGCUGAAUUUGGCACUGUAUCUAACUGCUAAAUUUCAAAGCAUAGAAAAUAUCUAUUUAAUGUUUAAAGUUAAUAGCUCUCUGUUCAGUUUUACAAGAGAGUUGUCAUCUUUACAAUAGAAAAAAGGGCUUGUACGAAAUUUCUUAGAAGUUAUCUGCAAGAUGACAUUAUUUUCUAAUAUGUUUAUAUCCAUUUCUUUAAUUUCAUUAAAACAUUUUAAAUAUAGCAUCUGUCUUCAGUGACUUAGCUAUUUCAGAAAUACGUAAUAUUUCUUAAAUAUACAUUGUUAUGAAAAAUAAGCUCUUGAAAGAAUGAAUGGAAAUUUAAUUUUGGUAAAUCAAUCUUAUCUUUUUACUACUGUCAGAAUUUUAGAGAUGUGUCCCUACAGAGGGAAAAACAUAUAUCCUUUAAAUUUAAAAAACCUUGAAUUUAGUAGACACUCAUGAGUCACACACUUAACAGAAAAAUCAGCUUUCCAUUAACCCACAACAUAUACUGAGUCAAAAACAAUGCUAAAAAUGUAGUAAAGUUCCACAAAAUGCUUUGUUUCACUUCACUGGGAAAACAUUUGGGUUCUUCUGAAUAAAAAAGAAGAAUUCAAAGAUACAA